AUGGUCCAUGCCAAGGAGCAAGUCAAAGCAGUUAUUCUCGUAGGCGGAUAUGGAACAAGGCUGAGGCCGCUAACAUAUACAGUUCCAAAGCCUCUUGUACCUUUUGCAAACAAACCCAUUCUUAGGCACCAGAUCGAAGCCUUGGUCAAAGUAGGCAUCAAGGAGAUAAUCCUGGCACUCAACUAUUAUUCCGAGUUCAUAAUAAGGGAGGUUCGAGACUACUCAAACGAGCUUGGCAUCAGCAUCGUCUACUCCAAGGAACAGGAGCCUCUUGGAACAGCAGGUCCUCUGGCGCUUGCCAAGAAGUAUCUCGAGGGCCACACCUUCUUUGUGCUCAACUCAGACAUAACAUGCAGAUUUCCUCUGGCAGAGAUGCUUUCCUUCCACUACUCGCACGGAAGGGAGGGAACCAUUCUUUCCACAAAUGUGGACGAUCCGAGCAGGUAUGGCAUCAUUAUCACUGAGGAAAGCACAAGUCUUGUGAGGUCUUUUCUCGAAAAGCCCAAAGAUGCGGUGUCUAAUAGAGUAAAUGCAGGGAUAUACAUACUCAACCCCUCUGUGCUAGACAGAAUAGAGCUGAGGGAGUGCUCAAUUGAGAGGGAGAUCUUUCCGCGGAUGGCCGAGGAACAUCAGCUCCAGGUCUUUGAUCUUAAGGGGUUCUGGAUGGACAUAGGCCAGCCUGCAGAUUAUAUCAAGGGCCAAGGAAUGUAUCUGAGGCAUUGCCAAGAGGCAGGCAUUGACAACCAGUUAGACGCAAAAAUGUUUUCUAUCGAGGACAAUGUCGUGAUAGGAAGAAACGUGAGGAUCGGAAGAAAUGUCACAAUCUCGAACAGUGCUAUCUUCGACAAUGUGGAGAUAGGUGACAACGUAGUAAUAAGGGACAGCAUUGUGGGGUGGAACACAAAGAUCGAGGACAAUGCUACCGUAAGCACCUGCUGUGUGCUGGGAUAUGCAACAACCGUUGAAAGAUUCUCCACCCUAAGCUCUGUCAAGACGCUGCCUACUAGGCCUGCAUUCGAGCCGUUCGAAGGCAUCUAA